AUGGAUUUCUUACUUCCACACCUUAACACUGCCAUAGCUGGAAUCUUUGCUGCACUUUUUGUUCUAUUUUUCUUGCUUUGGAGGUCUAAAACUGUUAAGACUACAGUCAGUAAAAGGUUAGCACCUGAAGCUGGUGGUGCAUGGCCCAUAGUUGGUCACCUUCACCUCUUUGGAGGGUAUCAGGUUCCACACAUAACCUUGGGAGCCAUGCCUGACCAGUACGGUCCGGUCUUCACCAUCCAGCUCGGGGUACACCGAGCCUUGGUUGUGAGUAGUUGGGAGAUGGCUGAGGAGUUGUUCACUACCCACGAUUUGGCCAUAUCAUCGCGUCCCAACUUUGUGGUAUCUAAACACUUGGGUUACAACUCUGCAAUGUUUGGGUUCUCUCCUUAUGGUGAAUAUUGGCGUCAAUUGAGCAAAAUAACCUCCCUGGAACUACUUUCAAAUCGACGGCUUGAACUGCUCAAGCAUAUUCGUAUCUCUGAAACGGAGACCUCCAUGAAAGAACUUUACAAGCUUUGGGCAGAGAAGAAAGACAGACGACAAGGCUGCAAUGCGGUGCAGAAGGUGAUGAGGGAUUUCUUUAAUUAUAUUGGUCUCUUUGCCGUGGCUGACAACCUUCCUUUCCUGGGGUGGUUGGAUUUGGGUGGAUAUGAGAAGGCCAUGAAAGAAACUGGAAAAGAGAUGGACCACAUUUUCGAAGAAUGGUUGCAGGAGCAUCGUCGAAAGAGAGAUGUAGGGAACGCUAGCAGCGAACAAGACUUCAUCGACGUGAUGCUGUCGAUUACAGAAGAGGCAGAACUUGCUGGUUUCGAUGCUGAUACAAUAACCAAAGCCACGUGUAUGGUAAGUAUUCGCCUUGAAAAGAGAAAGCCUCAUUGA